CACAACAUGUCAUCGACAAUCUUGGGGCCUGUUAUAGGAUAUUUCGUCAUUUGUGAUUCGAGUUUGAGUUUGUGUCACACAGUUUCGGGCGUAUUGACAGCAGAUCCUAUCACUGUUUGUUAGACAAGAUUCUGAUCCUAGCGAUCUUGCAUUCAGGCGUCCCAAAUGGUCAACCGGUGAUCCCUCCCUGUCGGAGUGCUCGACAUGUUGCAUCCCCUGCUAGCCCUGACGGUGCUCCACAGAAUCUCAAGCUAGCCUGUACCAACGAGAGAACUCAUCCCAGGCCGCGUGCGGGGACUGCUUAUGCUGACCCUCGAGCGCGAAUAAAUUCCCGAGCUCCUGCCGCGUCGCAAUGCUCAUCAAGCUUCGAUUAACAGCCUGAAGCUCUUCACCAUGGCUAGCCAAGAGACUCCCGACCAGAGCAAAGCUUUCGCUGAGCAGCGCGAUGUCGCGAACGAGGAGAAGGGUGUUGAAUUCGAUAUAAACAACAAUGCCACGUCUAAGAUUCAAAACCCCCUGGCUCAUAUGACCCAUGAGGAAAUGAUUGCCGACGUUGAGGGCUUUGUCCAAGAGAACAGCUUCCAGGAAAUCUCCCCUCUUCUCAUUAAGGGCGCAUUGAUUGCUAGAGACCCGCCAGCUUUUGCUUCCGUUGAAGGUAUCACUGAGGAGGAGAAGGUCGCUAUUAGCAACGAAGUCCUCCACAAGUGGCGACAGCCCAAGCUCCUAUACUUCACAAUCAUUCUCUGCUCCAUUGGCGCAGCCGUCCAAGGGUGGGAUCAAACUGGCUCGAAUGGCGCGAAUCUGUCGUUCCCAGAUGCUCUGGGAAUUCCUAUUAGUGACACUCUGGGCCCCGACAAGAUCCCGAAUCCAGAUGCGUCGAGGAAUCAAUGGCUUCAAGGUCUUAUUAACGCUGGGCCUUACAUUGCUUCCGCUUUCCUUGGAUGCUGGAUGUCUGACCCCCUGAACAACUUUUUCGGCCGCCGAGGAUGCAUUUUCGUCUCCGCCAUAUUUUGUGCUCUCAGCCCCAUUGGUAGUGCCGUUGCCCAGACCUGGGAACAGCUCUUUGUAACUCGUCUACUGCUCGGCAUUGGUAUGGGAUGUAAGGGCGCAACGAUCCCCAUUUUCUCCGCCGAAAAUGCGCCUGCAAGCAUCCGAGGCGCUCUGGUCAUGAGCUGGCAGAUGUGGACCGCCUUUGGUAUCUUCCUUGGCACGUGCGCGAAUUUAGCUGUGAAGGAUACUGGGAAGAUCUCCUGGCGUCUGCAAUUCGGUUCGGCUUUGCUUCCAGCGCUCCCGCUUCUUCUUGGUGUCUUCUUCUGUCCGGAAUCUCCGAGAUGGUAUAUUAAGAAGGGCCGCUAUGCUAAUGCUUACCGAUCGUUAAAGAAGCUCCGAAACACUGAACUCCAAGCCGCACGUGAUCUCUACUACAUCCACGCUCAGCUUCGCGCCGAAGCUAGUCUGGUCGAGAUCAAGAGCAACUAUGUCACUCGGUUCAUUCAGCUUUUCACCAUUCCUCGUGUACGACGCGCAACUUUGGCUUCUUUCACUGUCAUGUUGGCUCAACAGAUGUGCGGAAUUAACAUUAUCGCCUUCUACUCCUCCACUGUCUUCGAACAGGCCGGCGCUAGCGUUACGAAUUCGCUCUUAGCUUCUUGGGGUUUCGGUCUAGUUAAUUUCGUUUUCGCCUGGCCGGCCAUCUGGACAAUUGAUACCUUCGGACGACGAUCCCUGCUUCUAUUCACAUUCCCACAAAUGUGCUGGACCUUACUUGCAGCAGGUCUUUGCUACCUAAUCCCGGAAUCCAGCAAUGCGCAUUUAGGUCUCGUCGCCUUCUUCAUCUACCUAUUCGCUGCCUUCUACUCCCCCGGCGAAGGCCCUGUUCCCUUCACCUACAGCGCCGAAGUCUUCCCCCUCUCCCACCGCGAAGUCGGAAUGUCCUGGGCCGUUGCCACCUGCCUCUUCUGGGCAGCCGUUCUAUCCAUAACCUUCCCACGUAUGCUCGCCGCUAUGUCACCCACCGGAGCAUUCGGCUUCUAUGCAGGUCUUAACCUCGUCGCGCUUGUCAUGAUCUUCCUGUUCGUGCCCGAAACUAAACAACGCACUCUCGAGGAGCUGGAUUAUAUUUUCGCGAUCCCGACAAGGCGGUUUAUGAAACAUCAGUGUGGAACGGUGUUGCCCUGGUGGAUUAAGACGUAUUUGUUGAGGAAGAAGGUAGGGGAUUGUCCGGCGCUGUGGAGCUUUGAGGGUCAUGUGGAGGGCGACCAGGAGUUUCAGGAGACAGUUAGGAGGGCCAGUAUUGUGGCGGGUCAGACGGAGGGCGCCGAGGGGGAGAGGAAGAAGAGUUUUGUGGGGAAGAUUACCGGCGGAAAGAUCUAAUAGAUCCUCAGGCUAUGUAUUCCUCAGGAAACUGGGAGUGCUUGCUUGGAAGGUGUUUUCGGUGUUGGGGAGGCUAGAGUGGCGUGCUAGAUGGGUGGUUUGUCGGUAUACAUUGCUGCGUUUAUCUGUGCAUGCAUAGUGAAGAUGCAAGAUGUUGCAAAUUGAU